AUGCCUGCUGACGUCGAGCUGGCAAGCAUAAAGAUCCAGGCCUGGUGGCGUGGCACGUUGGUGCGCAGGACCCUGCUACUUGCUGCCCUCAGUGCUUGGACCAUUCAGUGCUGGUGGAGAGAGACAAUGGCCAGGCUGCUAGACAGGAAGUUACAGAAGGUGAUGGUCACCAGCCGGAGGCAGGCACAGGCAGCUGUGAAGCUGCAGUCCUGGGUGCGGAUGUGGCUGGUCCGGAAGCGUUACCUCCAUUUGCUCAACACUGUCCAAAAACUGCAAGACUCCAGGAAUCCCUACGUUUGUAAAGGUCUUAAGAUGAUCCAAGGCUCCUAUGAGCUCAUAGGAAAUGAGCUAAAACUUCAGGUUGACAUCUUUCUCGAAUCACAGAUUUGUCGGAUUUCAGACUGCAUUCCUUUCCCAAUAAAGAAUUGA